AUGAAGCUGCAAUCAACACCUAUACUUUUUACACUCAUAUUAAUAGCCAUUCAAGCGGUUGUCGAUCCUCAUCCAUUCAUCUGUGAAAAACGUCAGUCUUCUCUCUCAACUUCAUCAUCAAAGUAUGCUCAAACCGUUGUUGGCCGUGGUCCACGUGGUCCUCUAUCAGCUUCGUGGGAUAUCGGUGUUCAAAUCACACUAAAUAAUGUUUCACAAUGUCCAGUUGAUCUUCCACUAAAUGAAUCAAAAGCGAAAUGUAACACUGGUCUUGCAACUCUUAUGUUAACUAUUCAAAACACUACAGAUGCAAAGGAAAAUCGUAAAAAAGAUUUAGAUAUUGCACAACGUGAACGUGAACAAACUGGUUAUUUAGCUGAUGAAGAGAGGCAAGACAAUCGUUUAGCAGAAUAUUUAAAUGAUAUAUCUACAUUAAUGUUUUCAAAUCAAACAUUAGAUCCUCUAUUACGUGCAAAAACUAUGAGUGUUCUACGACAAGUAGAUGUGAAACGAAAACGUGAAAUAAUUCUAUUUCUAUAUGAAGCCAAAUUAAUUAGAACUGAUAUUAAUUCUGGAAUUCCAAUUAUUUCAUUAGAAGAUGUAAAUUUAGAUAAUGUUGAUUUUAAUGAUUUACGAUCACCAUAUACACAGCUUACAUCAAAUUUCUAUUAUCAUACACAUAUGGCUUUACGUGGUGUUUCCCUACGAAAUGCAUCGUUUCAAAGACGAACUCUCUAUCGAUCAGAUUUUGCACAAACUGAUUGUACACAUGCAGAUUUUAGUUCAGUAGAUUUAUUGGAUGUUGAUUUUAGUUAUGCAAAAUUAGUUGAAUGUAAUUUUGAAAAUGCACGUUUCGAUUCUACUAAUUUACAGAAUGCUAAUUUAUCACAGUCAAAUAUUACAGAUGAGCAGCUGGCUACGGCACUUACAUAUCAAGGUGCAAUCUUACCAAAUGGAACGGUAGCGAAAAAUAAAAAUCUAUUGAUUAAUGAUGAGUGUAUUAAUGAUCGUUGUAAAAAUUUAUCCGGAACAUAUUGGAUAGUUGAAAAUGGAAGUGUGGUAAUGCAACUAUUAAAUGAUAAUUGUUAUUUUGUUUCCUAUGAUUCAAAACUCUCUAGGAUACAUCAAAGAAUUGAUUUACAUGGUUAUCUUCCUUGGAUUCAUAGAAACCGUACUGUAUAUCUAUUUAAUUCAGAAUUAUCAACUAAUGGUACGGAGUUAGAGAAACAAACAAUAUGUCAACAAGCAGAUAAUCGUUUCUGCGAUGAAAAUUCAAAAAUGUGUAUAAAUGGAAUUUGUUCUUUUGACGAUGAACUCGAUACAACAAAUGGAAAAAAUAUUGAGAUUACAAAUGAAGAUGAAACAGAUCGUGAGAAUUUAAUAACAGCAUCACCAAUUCUGAAAUCAAAUGAAAAUAAAAAUGUUGAAGCCAUACUAGGUAGUUAUCAAAAGAGAAAAAAAGGCAUGUUUAAUCCACAAUGGCUACUUAGUCCUCAGUUCGCAUCAUUUUUACGAGAGUAUAAACCAGAUUCAGCUAAAGUUCUUUGUAUUGCCUCUAAUGAACAUUUUUCAGUACAGGACGGUGGAAAAAAUAACAUUGAUCGUCACAUAAAGUUGAAAGACACAACAACAACAUAA